UGAAGCGAAUAUUUGGUGAAGCAGCUAAUACGGGCAGAGUUCACCCGCGGGCGGUUAUCACUCCGCCUCCUUAUCUAGAACAGUCAGUGGCCUAGCCGCCUCCCAGAUACAUAAACGUCUCAUUUAUUGAUUUCUUUUUACAAUUAACUUGUAGAUACGACAAUUCUAUUGUUUAAUAGUAUUACUAUCCAUUAUGGAAUCAAUUUUCAAAUACAGAAGCUCUAUACUUUUAAUAAGUCGUGUUUAGUCAUUUUAGUACUAAGUAAGAUUUUUUAAAAUAUAUUUUAUAAAUAAUGGGCUACGUUUUUUCUCGAAGGCAGUGGAUGACGAUAGUCGUUAUUUCAAUAGCAGACUUUUGUAAUGCAAUAUGUGUAGCCCUGCAGGCGCCGUUCUACCCUCAAGAGGCCGAGAAGAAGCAAUGCUCGGCGACGGAGUACGGGCUGGUGUUCGGCGUGUUCGAGCUGGUGGUGUUCCUGGUGAGCCCGCUGUACGGCUCGCACCUCAACCGCAUCGGGCCCAAGCUGCUCUUCAACGGCGGCAUCCUCACCACCGGCGCCUGCGCUAUUCUAUUUGGGAUGUUGGACAAGGUGGAGGGACACGGCGCGUUCAUCACGCUGAGCUUCGUCAUCCGCAUGGUGGAGGCCAUGGGCAACGCCGCCUUCCUCACGGCCUCCUUCGCAAUCAUCGCCAAGGAGUUCCCUAACAACGUCGCUGUCAUGUUUGCGUCGUUAGAGACGUUCUUCGGGCUGGGGCUGAUCGUGGGCCCGGCGCUGGGCGGCGCGCUGUACGCGCUGGGCGGGUACACGCUGCCGUUCGCGGUGCUGGGCUCGGCGCUGUUCUGCGCCGCCAUCAUGAGCUGCGUGGCGCUGCCAAGGGGCAACGAGGACGAGGACCUGCGCCCCGGCGGACCGAGCAUCUUCACGCUGCUGCGAGUCCCGGGCGUGCUGCUGGCUGCCGUGAGCAUCAUGUGCACCAGCAUGAGCAUCGGCUUCUUGCAGGCUACGCUCGAGCCGCACCUGCGACAGUUUAGUUUCUCGCCCAUGAUCCUGGGGCUGAUGUUCGUGAUCAACGGCGGCGUGUACGCGGUGUCGGCGCCGGCGUGGGGCUGGCUGUGCGACCGGCCCUCCAUCAAGCCCAAGUACAUCACGGUGCUGGGCUGCGCCUUCAUCGCAGCCGCCUUCCUGCUCAUAGGACCGGCACCCUUUAUUUAUGAUCAGACGUUACUGUGGGUAACAGUGUUAGGCUUAGUACUACACGGAUUAGGCAUGGGGAGUCAACUGGUAGCAUCCUUCGCAGACGCGCUCGGUACUGCUAUUGCGAGUGGGCUGCCCAAUUCUAUUGAGACGUAUGGACUGGUUUCCGGCAUGUGGACGUCCACCUUUGCGCUGGGAGCAUUCAUCGGGCCUACGGUGUCCGGUCUCCUGUUCGAUUCCAUCGGCUUUAGAAGCUCUACCAUGUUUGUUUUCAUAAUGAAUCUGAUAGUGAUGUUAAUGGUGGUGGUGUUCUUGUGGACGUCGGACCGCGCGUCGAAGCUGGACGUGUCGGUGUCGGCCGGCGACCUGCUGCAGGUAGACGGCACGCUCGACGGCAGCGUGCUCAUCGGCGACGAGUACCCGCCCGCCACUCAGCGCGCCAAGAGCCACCGGCGCGGCAUCAGCGUGGAGCAGUCCCGGCCGCCGGCCAUGAACAGCCUGAUCGCGUGCUCCAGCUACAAGAACCGCCGCACGCCCUGGAGCCAGCGCACGCCGCGCUACCGCCCCUCCUACGGCAGCCUGGACGCGCGCUUCCGCGGCGCCAUGUCUGUCGUCUGACAAGACAACCCCUGAGGGUCUCGCCAACUGGCAAUCGCUUAUUAUAGAAAACAUCAAUCCAAAUUUAGAUCGUACUAACCCCUUAUCACACGAUACCGGAGUCUGUUGUUGUCAGCAAACCUUAGUCUUACUUAAACUUAUCGAGUCUGAUAAUAUAAAUAGGUAUUGUAGGUAUUAUCUGAAACGGUAUACCUAUCGGUAAUAUCGGCAUACAAAUAUGUACAAACCGACACUGCUUUUA